AUGGGCCUCAGUUCUCGACUGCAGAGUAUCGUUCCAUUCUCGCGGCGAACAUAUGCCCAGGGUUCGUACGGCGACGAAGGAGAAUACCAGGGGGAGCACCCAGAAAGCCAUCGUAACAGCCCUACACGAGAUAUCGAACACCCAGGACCACCCCCACCCAACGUCAGCAAGGACGCAUCGUCUUCGUCCGGUAAUAAGUCCGAAUCCAAUUCCUCAGAAGCCAAUGGGGGUUCUAUCAGCACCAAGCCGAGCAACAAUGCCAGUCCGACAAUCACCGACGGCCAACAGUCCCCUAAUAUCGACUCCAAAGGCAAUCCUCGGGAGGAUGUCCCGCCAGAUGUGAAGCAGCAUAAUGAGGAAAUGGAGCACCGGCAUGAUCGAGCAUACAAUCAGAUUGCCGACGAGGGCGAGUAUCGGAAGGGUUUCUAA